GUUUGCGUGUUGUUCUUCUGCUUCAAUCGGUCAAAGUCACGACUGCCAUCAAGUUGGAAGUAGCUGGUCUUCAUCUGCUCUUCCAAUCUCCAGUCCGUGUUUUUCCUGCCAACAGUGGUGUUUUUGUUAAAAAUAUUGAACUUUGACUUCCCCAAUUUUGAUUGCAUUGCAUCGUUGUACGAUGGGAAACAAGUCAUCAUUGCUGCUGCGGGAGGAGGAAAUUGCCCAGAUUCACGAGGAAACGGGAUUUACGCCGAACCAGAUUGAACGGUUGUAUUCGCGAUUCACAUCGCUGGAUCGCAGCGAUUGCGGCACGUUAACGCGGGAGGAUUUCCUGCGCAUUCCAGAACUGGCCAUCAAUCCGUUGUGCGAACGGAUCGUUCACUCGUUCUUCGCCGACAGCAGCGACGAUCGGGUCAACUUCCGCCAGUUCACCCAAGUGCUGGCCCAUUUCCGGCCGAUCAAGCCCAACAAGGAGAACAAGUUGAACAGCCGCGAGGAGAAGCUCCGGUUCGCGUUUAAGAUGUACGACUUGGAUGACGACGAUAACAUCUCGCGUGACGAGCUGCUCAGCAUUCUGCAGAUGAUGGUUGGGGCCAACAUAAGCCAGGAUCAGCUGAACAGCAUUGCCGAGCGGACGAUCGUCGAGGCGGACUCGAUGGGACAGGGCAAGAUCACGUUCGAGGACUUUUGCCGUGCCUUGGAGCGCACCGACGUCGAGCAGAAGAUGUCCAUUCGGUUCCUGAACUGAAAUCGACGCUCGUGGUGUGAUUGGUUUGCCAAUUUAGGGCAAUCUUAGUCUCAAAAUGUAAAAAAAAACUCCUUUCAGUUUCAAAGUUGGAACUAAUGCACACGACGAGCGAAUUACGAGCAGAUAAAAAGUUAAGAAUACGAUCGAUUACGGGAAGUUUUCCAAAGAAGAUAAUUUCAAUGUUUGUAGCUGCAUGAUAUGUAAAUAGCGAGUAACAGAAAGAGUAUUAACCAAUAAAGAAUAAUUCUAAAAUGUGUGUAACCAA